CUGUCACGUGGAAAGAGCCACGCCAAUGGGCGGCACCGAGUCGGCCUGAAGUCCCGGCAGCCCGUGCGCUGUGGGUGGUUAAGUCGGUAAGAUGGCGACUGUGAGUCUGCGGCUCGGAGACUUGGUAUGGGGGAAGCUGGGCAGGUAUCCUCCUUGGCCAGGAAAGAUUGUAAAUCCACCCAAAGACUUGAAGAAACCUCGUGGAAAGAAGUGCUUCUUUGUGAAGUUUUUUGGAACAGAAGAUCAUGCUUGGAUCAAGGUUGAACAGUUAAAGCCAUAUCAUCCCCAUAAAGAGGAAAUGAUCAAGAUUAACAAGGGUAAAAGAUUUCAGCAAGCUGUGGAUGCUGUGGAGGAGUUUCUCAAAAAAGCCAAAAGCAAAGACCAGUCAUCCCAUAAUUCUGCUGAAGAAAAAAAUCGGCGUAAUUCCAGUGAAGAAAGAAGUAAGCAGAAUUCAGGAGAUGAGAAACGCAAAGCUGGCCUAUCUGAAGGGAAGGUGAGGAAGAAUAUGGGAGAAGGAAAGAAAAGAGUCUCUUCAGUUUCUGCAGAAAGAGGCUCCAAAUCACCUCUAAAAAGGGCUCAGGAACAGAGUCCCAGAAAGCGAGGUCGCCCUCCAAAGGAUGAGAAGGACCUUACAAUUCCAGAAUCCAGUACAGUGAAAGGAAUGGUGGCAGGAACAAUGGCUGGGUUUAAAUGGCAACCAAGUGUAAGCGAGCCUGUAAAAGAUGGGGACCCACAUUUCCAUCACUUUCUACUUAGCCAAACAGAGAAGCCAGCUGUCUGUUAUCAGGCAAUAACAAAGAAGUUAAAAGUAUGUGAAGAGGAAACUGGAUCCACGUCUAUCCAAGCAGCAGAUAGCACAGCAGUGAAUGGCAGCAUCACUCCCACGGACAAAAAGAUAGGAUUUUUGGGCCUUGGCCUCAUGGGAAGUGGCAUUGUCUCCAAUUUACUAAAAAUGGGUCAUACAGUCACUGUAUGGAACCGGACAGCAGAAAAAUGUGAUUUGUUCAUCCAGGAGGGGGCCCGUCUGGGAAGAACCCCCGCUGAAGUGGUCUCCACCUGUGACAUCACCUUCGCUUGUGUGUCGGAUCCCAAAGCAGCUAAGGACCUGGUGCUGGGCCCUAGUGGUGUACUUCAAGGGAUCCGCCCUGGAAAAUGCUAUGUAGACAUGUCAACGGUGGAUGCAGACACGGUUACUGAAUUGGCCCAGGUGAUUGUGUCCAGGGGCGGUCGAUUUCUAGAAGCCCCCGUCUCAGGAAAUCAGCAGCUGUCUAAUGAUGGGAUGUUGGUGAUCUUAGCAGCCGGUGAUAGGGGCUUAUAUGAAGACUGCAGCAGCUGCUUCCAGGCAAUGGGGAAGACCUCCUUCUUUCUAGGUGAGGUUGGGAAUGCAGCCAAGAUGAUGUUGAUUGUGAAUAUGGUCCAAGGCAGCUUCAUGGCUACCAUAGCUGAAGGAUUGACACUGGCCCAAGUGACAGGACAGUCUCAACAGACUUUGCUUGACAUCCUCAAUCAGGGACAACUGGCUAGCAUCUUCCUGGAUCAGAAGUGCCAAAAUAUCCUACAAGGGAACUUUAAACCUGAUUUCUACCUGAAGUAUAUCCAGAAGGAUCUCAGAUUAGCCAUUGCACUAGGUGAUUCUGUCAACCACCCAACUCCUAUGGCAGCUGCAGCAAAUGAGGUAUAUAAACGAGCCAAGGCACUGGACCAGUCUGACAAUGACAUGUCUGCUGUGUACCGAGCCUAUAUACACUAAGCCCUGAGGCCCUAUCUUCCUGCUAAUCCCCAUUCCUUACAUGGGGUCAGGGUCCUGGGACUUAACUCUGGACCAGUCCAUCUGUCUCUACGUUUCCUUUUAUACACAGACUUUGAAAAGAUUUGCCAUGAGUGCAGCUGCAGCAUCAGGCCUCUCCUGGGGGCUCAGGGAAAAGGGGGGAGGGGGUUGGAAAAGGUAAUGUUGGAUUGUGGAAAACUGAUGAGCAGCCCUGCUGUGCACUUGCUGCCUGGAUCAGAAUGGUGGCUGUGUUCAAACAGGCCCCGCCCUCUUACCCCCCUUGACUCCCAGAAGCGAUGCUGCCAGAAUCUGCUUGGCUUCUUUUUCCUUCCUGAGUUUGUCAGAGUCUGAGUUUCUCCUAGAAAAGGGGGCCAGAGUACAUAGUGCCCUCUUCCCCCUCUUUCACUGGGGUUGUAAGAAGCAGCUUCCAUAGUGUCCUAGUUGUGAAGUCCGAGUUUCUCAAAACUCUUGGGAUUGGCUCUUCUUCCUUUUGAUCCCACCCUGAAUUCCAUGGAAAUAACAGGCUGCUCCAUUGGGAGGCCACCUGGGUCUCCCCUGUCAGCAUAUUCCCCGGGGAAGAGGACAGUGAGGUGGCCUCCAGAAAGGGGCCUGCAGUACCUCAGGCUACAAGCAACCAGUUGGAGAGCAUUUAGGUGUUUAAACCACCAACAUUCUGAAAAGAGAACUUCUAGUAAACUAAUUCAAAUUACUCUUUACGUGGUUUUGUAAACUGGAAAAAUUGCAGGUUUGAGUGAAGAACAGGCCCACCCCUACCAUCACCAUCCCAUCACAGUAUCUACCAUCUGGUAAGGCCCUGGCUGAAAUUGGAAUCCCGGGCCCUUGUGAGAAUACUGGAAGCGGUUUAUCUAGUGUAGAUGGGAUUAGCCAUGGCUAACUUUAGUGUUUGGAUUUGCACUCCAGCCUGGGGGGCAGGCAGUGGGUGGCGGGCAUAGGCAAUGGGUAAGGCAGUGAGCGCACCAACAAGAGAGCAGUGAGAUGUGUGUGUGUGGAAGAAUGACUCCUUUCUGUUUCCGUUAUGUCACAUGCUCUUCUUACUGCUUGUGGAGUCCUCUGAUCAUCCCCUUUAGGCCCUUCCAUCUGUGUCCAUACAAGAGAGCCCCAUUGUGCAUGCCACCUUUUUCUUCCUUGCAACCCCUGCCUUUGAAGAGACAGUGGGUAUCUUUUUACCUGCUUUGAUGCAGACCUAGAUUCCCCUGCCCUGGGUAACCAACACUGACCAAUCAUGGGAUCAGUUCUUAGUAAAGGAAUGAGUAAUUGCACUCCAGCCAGCAUCAUGUUCUUUGUGCCUCUGGGGCCACAAGGUCCUCUGUUUGGGGAAAAAGAAGACUUUGCCUGAGAUGGGUCCUGACAGACUGGAAAGGUAAACCCACAUCCAUCUUGGAGAUCCCUGUGUUCUCUUUGGGGAGGGUACCCGCAUGGGACUGAAAUGGUACAUAGGAACAAAGAGAGGCUGUCAUCCCUGUAAUCCUAAAUCUACCUUCCCCUUUAUGUGGGAUGCUUUUCUGAAGUCACAUACAGCUUAAGAUCGAUAUUCAUUGGAGGGGAAGGGGAAGGGGAAGGAUUCAGUGACAGCUCUAUGGGUGUAGUUUGGCUUUUUCUUUAUUUUUUUUCCAGCAUCUGGAGGUUUGUCCCUCUUUCCCCUUUAUCUCUUACAGCCUAGGUUUGAGAAAUGAAACCUUAUGGAAGAAGAGAGGGGACACAGGGAAAAUUCAGUAUCAAAUUCUGGUCCAGAUGUUUGUUUCACUGGCACUACUGUCCUUAUAUCUGUCUCUGAAUAUGCCAGUUCUGUACCUGGCCAGGAUAUUAGAAGGGGCUAAAGGGUGGGGGGGAGGGAGGGGAGAAGCUCUGGAUCUGGGAGAUGCUGUAAUGAAACUGGCUAGUCAGUGUUGUCUUAAUAUUGUUGACAAUUCUGUAAAGUUCCUUUUUAUGACUUUCUGUUUUAGCUAUUUCCCUUUUGUUUUUGACUCCUUUUUAAAAAAGAGAAAAUGUGACAUUUGUGAAAAGCCUGUAAGAAAAGCAGUUUUCCUAUUUCCCCUUUCAAUGACAAACCCUCUAGGUAAUUAAGGUUGUGAAUUUUUAUUUUUGCUUUGUUUUUAAUUAACGUUUGUCAUUCAGAAUAGGAUUGUGUGAUAAUGUUUAAAUGGCAAAAUAAAAUGAUUUUGUGCAAUUAACAAAGCUACUGCAAGAAAAUAAAACCUUUCUUGGUAAAAAA